AUGGACUUGUCGCCUGUGCAUCCUGGACCAGUCGCGGAUCAGAUAUUAGUGUUACUGGGUGACCAUAGGUCCGCCUAUGUAUGGGACGGACAUGUAUUGGAUCAGACUCUCCGCGCCAGGAGACUGGAUGACUUGUGGGACUUUUUGAGGGAGAGAGCUUUCCAUGCACGCGUAGUCCAUCGCCUGCGUGCUACGGGCUUCCUUAGGAUUUUUGAGAUUGGGCGGAUGCGGCUCGAUUGGUCUCUUAUCAUGGCGUUGAUAGAGCGGUGGCGACCGGAGACGCACAUUUUUCACCUACCCACUGGAGAGGCCACCAUCACGCUUCAGGAUGUUCAGGUUUUGUAUGGGUUGCGUGUUGAUGGACUGGCCGUUACACUGUCCCAGUAUAUAAGAGCUAUGACACGUCCCCAGUAUUUGGAUUUGCUGGGGAAGUAUAUUGGUUUCAGAUCACAGGGUGAGGCUGCAAUUAAAGGGGGCAGUCACAUUUCUGUGACAGCUAUCAGAUACUGGGGUGCUGCUGUUCUAGCAUACCUAUACAGGAGUAUGUGUCGGGCUAGCAUAGGCACCCAGGUGGACAUAUGUGGUUUUCUGCCACUUUUACAGUUCAUCUGGACGCCAUACAGCGACGAGUUGCUAGCUGAUCUGCUCGAUUAUUGCUUGAUCGACCGACUGCUUUGGAGCACUUCCGUCCCGAUGAUGUGCCUCGAUGUGGUGGAGCAUCAUGCCAUAGAGCGUGUACUUCGCCAGUUUGACCGCCUCCAGACUAUACCGAGGGAGCCUGCAUGA